GUCGUUAGAAAAUUUGGGUACAUCCCGAUCCGGCGGGGGAGACGCGACGUGAAAAGAAAGCGGCGGACCGUUCACGAGACUACGAGAGAUGUAGGACCAAAUACGGACGGCCCAGAUGUAACCGGACCAUCCAAAACAAAAACGGACCCUACCAGAGUGAAUAUUCGCCCACCAAACGACCCAAAUUCCCCCCGACGAGUCCUCCACCAAGAAAAUCACAGACGGACUGGCAUCCGAUUGAAUUUUUCAGAUUCGCUGUUUUCACUGGUCCUCUGCGAUUGUGGAUUUGAUUCUUUGAAUUUCGUGGUAUUUUUGUGGAGCGAUUUCUAAUUUGUUCGCACAAUGGACGAAGGCAACGGCUGCUGCUUCUCCAUCUUGGCUUCAAAAUUCACCGUCACUUUCGUCACGAUCAGCCUCACCUUGAUACUGAUUCGCGUGCUUUACGUUAUCUACCGGAGUGGCAAGCCUCUCUUCCGAUCCAAAGCUCCGAGAGCUCUCAGAACACUCAUUGUUUUAGGCUCAGGGGGUCACACGGCGGAGAUGCUUAACCUGUUGUCGGUGUUGCAAAAGGAGAGGUUUAGCCCCAGAUUCUAUGUCGCCGCUGCGACCGAUAAUAUGAGCCUCCAAAAAGCUCGCACGCUUGAGACUUCCUUGGCUGAUGAGACUGGGGUCAAAGUGGAAGAAACUGCUCAGUUCAUGCAGAUCUAUCGAAGUAGGGAAGUUGGUCAAUCAUAUUUAACCUCUGUUUGGACAACUUUAAUUGCUACGGCUCAUGCACUCUGGAUAAUGUUUAAAAUCAGACCCCAAGUGAUUCUCUGCAACGGGCCAGGGACUUGUUUUCCACUAUGUGCAAUUGCAUUCUUUUUCAAGGUAGUGGGGAUUAGAUGGUCAUCAAUUUUCUAUGUUGAGAGUAUAGCAAGAGUGAGAAGACUUUCAUUAAGUGGGUUGCUUCUUUACAAGUUACAAAUAGCUGAUCAGUUCUUUGUGCAAUGGCCACAACUACAGGGACAAUAUCCACGGGCUCACUAUGUUGGUUGUCUCAUGUAGUUGAUUGAGUUCAGGUGCUGACAUUGGUAUUUUCGCUUCAACCUCCAAGUUUUUGCAAUGCAGUCAACAUUGUCAAAGUGUAACUAUAGCACAAUGUUUUAUUUCUCCAAGUACAGUUGCUCAUGUGUUACUUAAGCAUCCCUUGGUGUAACUAUACCUCAAUGUUUUAACUAUAGCACAUUUUAAAUUGUGUGGUGAAUCCCAGCCAUGCAGAAGAGAGAGAACUACUUAUCACUGUAAGUUAAGAUAAACCUGAGUUUUGAUAAAUUGAUGAUUUUGGUUUACAUAA